AUGAACGAUGUGAAUUCACGUUCAGCGGACGGUAGUACAGCACUGCAUUUUGCAUGUGAGUAUGGGCGAAUAGCCCGGGCAAAAGCACUGAUUGCUAAAGAUUUUUUUUUCAAAAAAACGAAAUCUGGACAUACACCAUUGCAUCUUGCUGCUCUGCAUGGUUAUGUGAAUGUUGUACGCACGCUGUGUAACAAUGGAGCAGAUGUCAAUGAAGUGGACAAUAUUGGACGUACCGCAUUGCAUGCUGCUAUACAGUCUGCAAGUUCCAAUAGUGAAUUUGUAAUCGACUAUCUGCUGAGCGCUGCUUCGACAAGCGUGCUAAAAGUGGACGUGAAAGGACGUUCAGCACUGCAUUAUGCGGCGCGAAGCGGAUUCUUCCAUGCUCUGCAGAAACUGCUUGGUGCCGGAUUGCAGCCCACCGAUCAGGAUCAUCGGGGUUGUACACCACUUCAUUACGCAGCUCAAGCGCCAUCCGAUCUCGCAUUAAUUAGUACCAAAGUGCUUCUACGUGCCGAUGACACAGUUGCGCAGAUACGUGAUUUGGUCGGUUUUUUGCCGAUACAUUAUGCGGUAAAAGCUGGUAACCUGGACACUGCUCAAAUUCUGGCCGAUGCGAUGACCGAUAGAACAGCACCAUCUUCGGGGAUCCCGUACAACUUAAACGUCUAUCAUAUUGCUGCUCGUCACAACCAUGCCCAGUUGUUGCAAAAAUUGCUAGCAACCUAUCACAUGUAUUCGAUGUUGCUGGAUAAGGAAGAAGCAGCAAAGAUCAGUGGUACAAUUGGUCUUGAACUGGAUGCAUAUGAACGAUUGCCUAUCCAUUAUGCAAUGUCAUACGGUAAUCAAAAAUGUGUGGACAUUCUAUUGCGAACAGCGAUCCGAAAACGAGCACUGACGCAGAAAGAUUCUUAUGGAAUGACACCACUGCAUGCUGCUGCAGCUUGCGGCCGUAUCGGAUGUGUAUCUCUUGCUGCCGAUCUACUCAAAGAGAAAGAUAUCAACGUUCUGGACUUGUUAGAGAGGUUUGAACCCUUCUUAUGUCUAUUGGUAUAA